UCAAAUCAAGCUCUUAUACAUCUACCCACUUCCAAAAUUUCUUCACCCAAGAACCAACAAACAUGUUUGGCGACCUAGAAACCAACAUUUUCCUUCCAGUAGUAUACAAAUACUGCCCAAUCUUCAGCUGUCCUACAGACUGGAAAGAAACCCAUGAUUCCCAUAUCUUCAUUUGUGAUCUUCCAGGUCUUAAAAAGGAGGAUGUCAAGGUAGAGAUCACUGAUGACAAGGUGCUUCAAAUCAGUGGAGACUGGAGCAGCGGCCAUAACAAAAAGUAUUUGGAGGAAGAGGAAGAAGAUUGUAAGGAGAAGAAGAAAGAGAUAAAGUGGCAUAGAAAUGAACGUUGCAGAGGGAACUUUUUAAGGAGGUUUAGGCUGCCGGAGAAUGCAAAGACUGAGAAUGAAGAGAUAAAGGCUUGUUUGGAAGAUGGAGUUUUGGUGGUCACUGUGCCAAAAAAAGAGGUGAAGGUACCAGAGAAGAAGGUUGUUCAGAUUGAAGGAAAUUGAAAAUGAAAAUAUAUAUAUCUAUCUACAUAUAUGUAUACAACAUAUUAUAUAUGGAUGGAUGUAUGUGGGUGUGAUGGAAGAAACUAUAUAUGGGUGUAAUUGUUUUUCUUUGUUUUGUUAUGGGUUUGCUCUAUAAUUUGU